AUGCGUUACAAUGCGACAUUCAAAUUUAUCGUCGUCAAAGCGGCUCUGGAUGGAUUUUCAUUAGUAGAAAUCAACGAGCGACAUGGAUCCACUGUUAGUGCCGACUCCCUUCGACGCUGGUAUGAACUUUACGAAAAGACACGAUCGGUGGUUUGUGAUCCAAAUACUUAUCAGGUUCGGGAUCGGCCUUUGGCUCUCAACAAUGAGGAACGGACAUAUCUACGUGAAUUGAUUGCCGAAAACCCAGCUGUCUACCUCGAUGAAAUCCAAAGCCGACUGUUGGACGAGCACAACACCCGAAUCUCGCUGCAAACAAUCUCAAACGAGUUACACCUGCGGCUUCGUCUGAGUCGCAAAUCGAUCCGGAGAGUUCAUCCCAGCCAGAACAUCGAUCGGCGUAUGGAGUACAUCUUGAUGAUAGCUCACCAUGACCCAUCAACCCUGGUGUUCACAGACGAAUGCGGUAUCUGCCUUGAUGGUGUUGUUCAAACUAGAGGAUGGGCUCCGGUUGGUGAAAGGACAGCUCGUGUCCCGACCUCACGUUGUGGUAGCUGA